CGCUCAGAACAUGGGACGCUUCAUAUGGGAGCUCUCCAUGUGAUUCAGUGAGUGCCUUUAUCAGCGGCAGCUGCAGUUCCCCUCACAGACACUCACACUGCCUCUCUAAGCACGAGAAACAAGGACGUCCUUCUUUUGCCUGGAAACCAGAGAUGUUAGGAACCUGCAGUUAAAGCCUCGCUGUAUCAUUACUGCUCAACUUUAAUUUCUGAGGAGUUAAUCAGCUUCUCGAGACAUCUGCAAUCGCCGUGCAGAUCUGGCGACAAGGAACUACUUGAAAAGCUUAACCUGAAUGUAAUAUUUCGUUGAAGAAGGCAGGAAUAAAAAGCCAUCAUCAUGAAUUUUGUUAUGAAGCAAGCGUUGGGAGGGGCGACCAAAGACAUGGGGAAAAUGCUGGGGGGCGAGGAGGAGAAGGACCCUGAUGCCGACAGAAAGGAGGAAGAAAGACAGGAAGCCCUCAGGCAACAAGAGGAGGAGAGGAAAGCAAAGUAUGCAAAAAUGGAAGCAGAGAGGGAAUCGGUUCGACAGGGCAUCAGGGACAAGUAUGGUAUAAAGAAGAAGGAAGAGAAGGAGGCAGAAGCCCAGGCAGCCAUGGAGCAGGCGUCAGAAGGCAGUCUGACCCGUCCCAAGAAAGCCAUCCCCGCCGGCUGCGGCGACGAAGAAGAGGAGGAGGAAAGCAUCGUGGACACCGUCAUGAAGUUUCUCCCAGGCCCGCUUCAAGAUAUGUUCAAUAAAAAGUAACAGCGUUACUUACGACAAGUAGUGAUAAAACGGGAAUCAUUAAUGUCAUGAAAUCCACCUCCUCUUUCCCCGUUCCCUCUCUCGCAUUUGUUCUAAGAUCUCUGGACUCAAAACAUGUGCCAUAACAUCUGUCUUUAACUGCGAUACAUAUGUGACAUUUUAUGAUUAAAAGAAUGACAAAAAUACAAUGUGUGCACUAGAAAUGUUACAUUGCAUACAUCUGUCUCUGUUUAAAGACUAAUUUAAUGCCCCCUGAGUCCAGACCUUGGAGCAAGAACAUUCCCCAUGCUUCAUUAAUUUUGUUUGUAAAUAUCAAA